AUGUUUGAUAAAUCGAAUGAUUGCUAUAAAUUUGUUUCACCAAGGGUACGCCAUCAAACUUUUUAUAAUUACUCAAUUCCUGCAGGAAAAAUCUUAUGCAGUUCCUAUAGCACUGUUGUUGCAGCCAAUACAUCAAUACAAGUAGAUUAUUACUACAACACAAUGUAUGACUCAGAACCCAGUCAUUAUGAUAAUCCAUUUGCCAUUCUUGAAACAGACAAUCAGCAAUAUUAUCAACUUGCAAAAAUCUAUGCUAAAAAUUCAUCAGAACCAUUCUUCAUACAGUUGGUAUUAAUAACAACUUCUUUAAAAGAAUCAACUCAUAUCUUCUAUUCAAUGUUCAAUACUCAUCUCUAUUUAUGCAAGAAAUUCGUUUCUCACCAGAUAGUAGUUCCAGAAAAGAAGAUAAACUUCACAACACGUAUGAAUAUUGUAACAUUUAAUGGACGGGGUAGUUCUGCACCGACAACAAUAAUGGAUUGGGCUAGAGGAUCACAAAUAUCAGAAAAUGUUAUUAGAAAAGAAUAUGCAUCUCUUAUCUAUGAACAAAAAAUAAAUGAAGUUGAAAGCAUUUUCGACAAAGAAAAAUUGUAUAUGAUGCCAUAUAAGCGUGGCGUGUAUACUAAAGCUGAAGUUGAAGAAUUCACUAAAUUAAAUGAACCAAUAUUUAACAUAACAGAGUUUGAUCCCUAUGAUUUAUCAGAAGAUACAAAAGAAUGUAUAGUAAAUGAAAUAUGGAAUCCGAAAUUUGCUAAUAGAGAUAGUGGAUUAAAGUACACAGAUUCAAAAGUAUUCACCAUCAAACCAGGAGAUUGCCAAUGCUUAUAUGGCAAUUUUGUAUUAGAUAGCAAAGAUGAUUUCAUAGCAACUAUCGAAUACAAUGAUACAAUGCAUUAUUCUGCAUAUGAUUUGCAUGUCAGGCCUAAUAGAAUUAUCAAAAAAUAUGAAAAUCCAUUUAGUUUGACAACAGAAAAACCUGAUGAAAGAUUAAGCAAUUUAAUAAAACUAGAGUGUAAAUCAAAGACCGAAUCAUGUAAAAUACAAGCUAUUGGCGUUUUACCUCCUCUUCAAAAGAGAUUCUUCUUAACACCAAUGAUAUUAGAAUCAAUAUUUACAACAAAUAUUAGUUUCUCAAUUGAAAAAGAAAUCAUAAUAAAUCAAGAAGAAAUUCAAAUGUUUUCAAUCACAAUUCAUAACAAAAAGAAAUUUAAUGUUAAAGUUAGUAGUAACAAUGAUAAAAUUAACAACUAUUUUGCAGCAUCAGAUUCGAAUUCAUCAAAUGAAACUUCUUUUAAUACAAUUACUAUUUAUCCUAGUUAUGAUAUGCACAAAUUCAUUCUUGAAGAAGAAAACUUUUCCAAUUUCCAACUCACUGCAAAAGUUAAAGUUGAAGUUUCACCAGUUGCCGAAUCAUCAGAAGAAAAUACUGAUCAACAAGAUGAAAUCUUUGAAGAAAAUUUGUUUUUAAGAUUGCCAACAACUGGAGGAGGAACAACAAAACAAGAUGUUAUUGAAUACAACAAGAAAGAAGAAGAGUUAGAGAGAGGACAUGGAAAGUUAAUUCUUCUCAUAUCAAUUGCUAUUACAACAGUUCUUGCAAUAGCAAUUAUUAUUUAUGUUGUGAUUGUUGCGUAUCGUGAAAAGAAGAAGAAUAAAGAUAAAGAAGAAAUGAAAGAAGUUGUAGUAACUGAUGAUGAAAAUGAGAAAGAAAAUCAAGAAAACAAAGAUGAACAAUCUGGAAAAUCAAAUAAUUCAAGCGAAGAAUCGAAAGAAAAGAAAGAAAAAUCAGAUGAUGCAUCAUAUUCAUCAAAGUCAAGUAAAGAAAAAUCAAAAGAAAGCAAAGAUGAUAAAGAAGGAAAUGAAGAAGAAGAUAAAUCAGAGGAUAUGUCGAAAGAAAAUAAAGAUGAUAAAGAAGGAAAAUUGGAUGAUAAAUCGAAAGAAAAUGAUAAUUCAGACCAUUAUAGUUAUUCAUAUUCAACCAAGAACAGAAAUCAAGCAGAUGAUAUGUCAGAUGAUGAAACAGGAAAUUAUUCAUAUGAAUCUUCUAAAGCAUCAAGUAAAAGUUCUAAAGGAAGAAGACAAAGAAAUGAAGAAAAGAUGAAAAAUGAUGUUUCGGAUUCUAAUUCCGAAGAAAAAAGUUACUCUUACUCAUACUCCAAAUCAUAUUCUAAGUCAAAUAGUAAUUCUGUAUCAUAUACGAGUAUUUUCUAA